AUGUUGGGAAAAUUUGGAAGCAUUUUUGGAUUGAAAAGUAAUGAUCCUCCAGAUCCAGAUCCAGAUUGUCAAAGGUUGUAUGAAGAAGAUUUCGAUGUUGAACCAGGGGCGAUACGAAGAGGAAGGCGGGCAAUCCAUAAGGAAAAUUCUCCAUACACUGGAGAUAAACCUCUACUGUUAAAGGAGAAGAUCAAAGCUCAGGUCAAUCGGAAUUUGGUGGAGAAGAAGUUCCUAGAGUCGAAAAGUUCUAAUGAAGGAUUGAAGUAUACAUUACGAGCUGGAGUACGUGAAGUCAUCGAAUCGGGAUAUGGAAAGGAGAAUUCUGAUCCUAAUUUUAUCAAAUCAGAAUUAAAAUCUAUGGAGAAUGCGAUUAAGGGUGGCAAAGGAAUAGAAACUCAGUUUUCAGUCCAAGCUGGUUUCAACUCUUCAAAUUCUUUGAAAGAUGUUCCUAAUCCUUCGAUUGUUCUUCCUGGGAAUGAGGCGAGCAAAGCUAAGGGCAUUUUGGGGAUGAAACCGAUGAGUUCUGAGCAGAAAUUGAGUUCACAAUCUGUUCCAGUGAAGAUAGUUUCGUCUCCUGCUUCAGGUCUUUCCCCUGUAAAAUCAGUAAGUCCUUCCAUUGGAGUCCCUGUGAUUGCGAAGUCUGUGCUUAAUUCUGUUAACAAUUUUGAUGCUGAGAUGAAUGAUUCUGUGAUUGAGGGUUCAAUGUUGAAUGGUGAGAUUGGUAGUAUUUCGAAAAUGCAACAGGGGGGUAAUCCUAUGAAUGAGGAUAUGAAUUUGGAUGGUAGCAAUGGAAAUAAUUUAAAGGUGGAACAGGGGAGUAGUUUUCUGAAUCUGAAAUGGGAUAAGGAACCAAUGAAUGUGGAUAAUUUUUCUAAACCAAGUAUGUCUCCUGCAGCCAAGUUGGUUAGUGAUUAUAACAAGAAGUCUUAUGCUCGAAUGGUUGAAUCUACUAGUUCUGUGGUUGAUCUUAACAUCAAAGUAAUUCCUAAAGCUGAUGGGAAACCUGCUGGUAAAGUCGAAUUACCAUAUGCAGAUUUGAUGUUAGGAGGAGCUCCUUAUCAUGCUACUCUUUAUGGUUUUUUUAUGGGCAAGAAGUUAGCGUUUCCUACUAUUAACCAUUUUGCUUUCAAGAUGUGGAAGAUUUUUGGAUUGAAGGAUAUAAUGGUGAAUGACGAAGGGUUCUUUUUCUUUAAGUUUGAUUCUAAAGAAGGUAUGAUGAGUGUGCUUGAGGGAGGACCAUGGCUUAUUAACAAUGUUCCUUUGUUUAUUCAAAGAUGGAGGCCUGGAUUGGUUUUGAGCAAACCUCAAAUUAAGUCUGUUCAUGUGUGGGUUAAAGUCUUUAAUGUGCCUUUGGAAUAUUGGAACAGCAAGGGGGUCACAUUGAUUGCUAAUGAAAUUGGGAAGCCAAUAGCUAUGGAUAAUAUCACUCAAAAGAUGUGUAAAGAACACUGGGGUAGGCCUGCUUUCAUGAGAUUUCUUGUAGAAAUGUCAGCUGAGUUUAAUUGGCUGAAGGAGAUUAGUGUUGUCUCAAUUGAUUUUGGGACAUGUGAAAAAGUGGAAUCAAGUUUGGAAAUUGAAACUAAAGAAGAUGAAAAGUUAGUAGCAGAAGAGAACAGCAAAAAUGGAAAAGUUGAUAGUGAUGUGUUUAUCUUGGUUACUAAAAAGAACAAUAAAGGGAAACAAUCAAGUAGUAAUGUCGUAUUUCAAGAAAAUAGGAAAAUUGAUUUGAUUAAGUCUUUGGAGAAGAGUACAGUUCCUAUGGAAGAAUGUGUUGUUGUUGAAAAACAAGGGCAAGAAAGUGGAAGGAGAGGGCAGCCAAGAUAA